UAGUUUGCUGUUUGAUGGUAAAAAGAAAAGAAAAGAGAGAAAGAGAAAGAAUCCAACAAGAAGAAUCCAAAAAAGAAUAAUGUCGUCUCUUAGCUCAAGUCAACAACAGAAGUUGAGCCAACUUAUUGAGUUUACUCGUCUAAGUGAGAACGAUGCCCGUAGACUCUUAAUGAUCUCAAACUGGGACAUCAAUACUGCAAUUGACAAUUUUUACCAAAAUCCUCGCAUCAAACAUGAACCUCAGAGAACAGACUUUAACCCAAGACUAGCCCAAAAGAUGUUUGAUAAAUAUCAAGAUCCUGAAAAGCGUGACAAGAUCACAGUUGAAGGAUGUAUGCUGUUAUGUGAAGAUCUGGGUAUUGAACCUACUGCUCUUGAAUUCCUCUUGAUUUCCCAUCAACUCAACUCAAAAAUGAUGGGAGAGUUUACCCGCCAAGAAUUUGUUGAAGGCUGCACAAAGCUUCAAUGUGAUACACCCCAGAAAUUAAAGAAUAUCAUCCCAUCCCUGCGAAACAAUCUUUCAGAUGAUGCCAGCUUUAGAGAGAUCUAUAGCUAUGCCUUUGUGUUUGGCCGUCAGUUUCAGCAAAAGAGUCUUUCUCUCGAAGCUGCAGUGGAACUAUGGAGACUGUUGCUGACCGGUAGAUUUAGUAUGUUGGACCAGUGGAUUCAGUUUUUAGAGGAAAAGCACGGAAAAGCCAUUUCGCGUGAUACUUGGAAUCUUUUUUUCGAAUUUGCUAGCCAAAAGGAUCUUGACUUGUCCAAGCACGACGCGGAAGGUGCAUGGCCUAUCUUGAUUGAUGAGUUUGUAGAAUAUUUGAAACAAUAAGAUGUCACUAUCCAUUAAUAUUCCAUCAUAUUUUCCUUCUCCUUCUUUUCCUUCUACCUCUACCUAUAUCUAUACGCUGCUGUUCAAAUAUUCAUGUAUCUGUUUCUAUCUCGCUUCUAUCGAUGUAUCAAUCCUUAUUUACCAUUUUUUUGAACUUGUGAUUAUUGAUUUCAGGGUUACAAAUCC